AAAAAGAUGUUCCCAUUCUGUGGCAUGUCUCAAUGGUCUUCAUGGGUCAUUUUAAAAUGUUUUGUCCCUAAGCUGUCAUCACUAUUGUGCGUGCUGGGUGACUGAUUGUGUGGUUGGUGGUGAUGGGAUACUGAAGCUAGAUACACACUAUUGAUAACAUGGACCCAUAGUAAUAAUAAAUGGUCCAAUGGGUCAUUAACAUGGUCUAGAAAGUAUCUGUUGGUCAACUUCCCCUCUUUAAUGGUGGCGUUUUUACAUGGACCAUUCAUUACAGAUGGUCCAGAAAACACAAGAAUGAAGGUGACCCCUCCAGAUGUACUGUAUGGCUCAGGGUCAGACCUCACUCUGUCCUGCUCCUCUGAGUCCAGUCCUCCUGCCCAGUUUCAGUGGGCUCUGAAUGGAACGCUGCUGUCCAAUAAGGGACCAGAACUCAGGCUGGAGAAUAUCCAGGCCAGUCAGAGCGGUAGCUACAGCUGCUGGGCCCAUAAUACCAGAACCCUGAGGUACCAGACACCUGAGCCCUCUGACAUCACUGUGCUGGAACCAAUAUCUGGUGCUACCAUAACAACUUCCCCAAAUCCUCCAAUCAUCGAGGGGAAUUCUGUCACCUUAACAUGUGAUGCUUCUGGCUCCAUCAUCAGCAGAGAGUGGAUGAAGGAUGGUCAGCUUCUGUCUGCUGGUGGCAACAUGAUCAUCUCUGAGGAUAAGAGAGUGCUGUCCAUAAACCCUGUGAAGAGAACAGACAGUGGAGAAUACCUGUGUAGAGUCAGCAACCCCAUCAGCACCGCUGAUGCUAAACACGAUCUCAUUGUAAACUAUGGACCUGAUGGUAUGGAAAUCAAGGGUCCAACUGAAAUAGAAGUAGGACAGAAGUUUACAUUGACCUGCUCUGCUGACUCCAUACCGACUGCUAGUUACACCUGGAUGCACAAUGGGACAAAGAUACCUGGACAUUCACUUGAGCUCAUUAAAGGGAAGAGUGAAUACUUUGACAGUGGGGAUUACACCUGUACAGCAACAAAUGAUGUCACUGUGAACAACACAUAUGUGGUCCAUAAACUGUCAGUAAAAGGUAAAGUUUGCAGAAGCUUUGAAGACAAUAUGAACAUUGGUGUCUUUGUUGUAUUGUAA